AUGCAACAUGAUGAAAAUGCAACACGUGAUGAUAAUGAAUCAGGAGAUUCAAAUACUCAAUGGAACUAUGGACGUUCCAACAAUGGAUCCCGUGGAGGACAAUUUAUUCAACAAGGACAUACUGACAAUCAUCCAAGACAACAAGGGAUGAUGUUGUUUCAACACAACAAUACUGGUAUCCACUUGGAUAGUGGAUCUACUUUUCAUUUGCGAACCAAGGAAGGUAUUCUAAAAGAUUUUCACAAAUGGACGGAUGGAAGAGGAUUUAUAUUUGAUGAAGUUCCUGCUGACAUGGAACUAGAUGAAAUUCACAUAGGACCUAACAAUUUAAAUGAUGAUAUGGAAGGGUACUGUGCUCUACAGAGUGUGGAGAAGAACAAAGAGGGUUUCACAAACAAACAAGUGAAACAAGCAAAUAUUGCACAAAGUGGCUAUCAUAUGAUGGGAGCACCUGGUGCAGAACUAUUCAAGUUGGCGAUUUGGGGAAAUUUUUUCAAAAAUUGUCCAAUUACGGAGGAAGAUGUUAAUAUCUCUGAAAAGAUAUAUGGACCGAGCGUUUCAACAAUUAAGGGCAAACAAAAGCGACCAACACCGAAGGCGGUGGUUGAUGAUUGGAUCGAAAUGCCCAAGGAACUCCUGAAACACAAUUCGAACCUGGAUUUAUGUAUCAACAUUAUGUUUAUCAACAAUGUCGCGUUUUUUGUCAGUAUUGACAAAGCGAUCAAAUUCCGAUUCAGUACUGAACUGAAAGAUCGGACAAAGGAUGCUAUUUACAAGUCGAUUGACGAGAUUUUACGCAUUUAUAAUCAUGCGGAAUUUUGA